CGAGAGCGGGAGACGAGAGAGUGACUAGAGAGAGAAUACACGCUUCGGGAAAGCUCAAUAAAAGUUAUCCACGUUAACACGACAGCUGGACUCACGUGUGCCUGACUUGAUAACACGACAUGGUGUCAGAAGUCCUGUGGUUGGCGUGGAGUGUGUGAGGAGGAUCGUUGAACACGGCGGUGAAGGGCAAAAGGCGAAAUGAGCGACGGAGGGGAAGGAACCUCAGCGCGGGCGGAUGGAGCCGCGGCGUUAGGUGCACAGCGGGCUGCGGGACCGGUCGUCACCGCGGGGCCGUGCGCCACGUUCAACAUCCAGCCGCCGGAGCCCUUUGACUACUCAAAGCCGCAGGAGUGGGACAAAUGGAUCCGGAGAUUCGAAAGAUUUCGCCUGGCAAGUAACCUGAAUGCUAGUUCCGAAGAAAAUCAGGUGAACGCAUUAUUUUACUGCAUGGGUGACCAGGCUGAUGAUAUCCUACGCGGGUUGGAUCUGACUGAGGUUCAACGGCGCACAUACCAAGAAGUGUGCGGGGGACUGCAAAACUUCUUCGUUGUCAAGAAGAAUGUCAUCUUCGAGCAGUCUGUAUUCAACAUGCGCCGUCAGAAAGAAGGGGAGAGCGUGGAUUCGUUCGUCACUGCACUAUAUGCGCUGGCGGAGCAUUGUAGCUACGGGGCGCUACGCAAUGAACUGAUCAGAGACAGAAUUGUCGUCGGACUACGAGACAGUGGAUUGUCUGAACGCAUGCAGUUGGACGCGGACUUAACCCUCGAAAAGGCCAUAAGAAUUGCACGGCAAAGCGAGGAGGUGAAGAAGCAGCAGUCUCAUCAGCGAGGGGACACCAACUCACAGGCAAGUGGCGCUGAAUCUGUUGACAGAGUGUUCAAGAGCAAUUUAAGGUAUGCUAAAAACACACCUACCUGUGCUAAUAGCCAGACAAACAAGUCCCAAAGUUCUCGUUACAAUAAGGAAAGGGACAGAAAAUUGACACGGGCGCUGAUGUCACCGUUCUGCCACACACAGUUUUCAGGGGCACGUACAAAAACAAUCUCCCUAAACUCAGAAAGGCAACAAAACGACUCCUGGGACCAGGGAGGAGCCCGCUUGAGGUCGUGGGCGUCGCCAGGCUGCUGCUGAGGAAAGGUGAUAGCGAGGUGAUGGAGGAUGUGUACAUCGCUCGUCAAGUGCAUACUGCCUUGCUGGGGAGAUCUGUGAGCUGCAGGUUGGGGCUCGUCGCACGCCUAGGCAGCGUCUCUAUAGAGACACUAAAACAGAAUUAUCCCAAAAUAUUCACUGGGCUCGGAGUGAUGCGCCGGCCGUACAACAUCAAGCUGAAACCUGGGGCUGAACCUUUCUCGUUAAAAACACCAAGGAGGAUUCCAUUGCCGUUACUGGACAAAGUCAAGCAAGAGCUAUCCCGCAUGGAACGACUGGGUGAUAUGCAGAAUCGAGGAGCCAACAGACUGGUGCGCUGGCAUCGUGGCGGUGCCCAAGAAAUCAGGUGCGGUACGUAUCUGUGUUGAUCUCACCAAACUCAACGAGUCA